AUGACCACCAUACCAAUAAUCAACAUGGACUUCACCGAGCUCAAAGAAGUCGUAUGGGCCAAGCUGCAAGAGCCUCGCACCCAGAAGAAGCUCAUCCUCGUCAUCGUCUCCAUAGCUCUGCUCCUCGACAACAUGCUCUACAUGGUCAUAGUCCCCAUCAUCCCGGACUACCUGAGGUACAUAGGCGCCUACGAAGACAUCGCCCUUCCGGGAAACGCCACAGCCCCACCAGGCAUGCCGCUGAAGCGCGACCACCAUGGCCAGGACCAGGCUACCGGCAUCCUAUUCGCCUCCAAGGCCAUCGUCCAGCUAAUGGUCAACCCCUUCAGCGGGGCACUCAUCGACCGCAUCGGCUACGACAUUCCCAUGAUGAUCGGCCUGACGAUCAUGUUCCUGUCCACAGCGGUGUUCGCCUGCGGCCGCAGCUACGGCCUCCUGUUCUUCGCCAGAAGCCUCCAGGGCGUCGGCUCCGCGUUCGCAGACACCGCGGGCCUGGCGAUGAUAGCCGACCGCUUCACGGAGGAGAACGAGCGAUCGCAGGCGCUGGGAAUCGCGCUGGCGUUCAUCAGCUUCGGGUGCCUGGUGGCGCCGCCCUUUGGAGGGGCUCUAUACCAGUUCGCAGGCAAAGAGAUGCCUUUCCUCAUCCUGGCGUUCGUCUCGCUCAUCGACGGCUUCAUGCUGCUGCUGGUCAUGAAGCCCAUCAAGGAGCAGAUCAAGCUCUCGCAGAUGCCGAAGCCUCCUUCCGUGCCUAUAUGGAGGCUGUUCAUGGACAAGUAUAUCGCGGUCUGCGCAGGGGCUUUGAUGAUGUCCAACGUCGCUCUAGCAUUCCUCGAGCCUACGAUCUCCUUGUGGAUCGAAGACAAUUUGACUACGGAGAACUGGAAGGUGGGGAUCAUAUGGCUGCCGGCGUUCUUUCCGCACGUGUUGGGAGUCGUUAUAACGGUCAAGAUGGCGAAGAAGUAUCCCCAGUACCAGUGGAUCAUGGCCGCGGGAGGUCUAACGCUGGAAGGACUGUGCUGCUUCAUCAUACCCUUUGCAAACUCCUACAUCUUUCUUAUGGUGCCCAUUUGCGGUAUAUGCUUCGGUAUAGCGCUCAUAGAUACGGCGUUGCUUCCUACGCUAGGGUACCUAGUGGACGUACGCUACGUGUCGGUUUAUGGAAGCAUUUACGCCAUAGCAGACAUUUCCUACUCGGUGGCUUACGCAGUAGGGCCUAUUAUCGCUGGUGGUGUGGUAGAAGCGAUCGGUUUCACCGCUCUCAACGUCGGUAUAGCUUUCAUGAACAUACUGUACGCGCCCGUUUUGAUGUACCUCAGGCACAUCUACGAUUUCAAACCGUUCGAAAACGAGGCCAAUAUCCUUAUGGCUGAUCCGCCUAACAAGGAGUACCAGACUUACUCGCUGCAGGAGCAAAGGCCUGUGGCUACCGAGGUGCAGAACCAUUUGGAGUACAAGCAGCAAGAGACCAACUUCGAUUCCGGGUACCAGAACCAAGAUUACCAGCGGGAAGGGUACCCACAGCAGAACUAUUCGCACAACUAUCAGCAGGGGGCUAAUCAGCAACAGCAGGAGACGCAGUUUCAACAGCCUGCAGGGCGGGUUACAGGAAGACAGCUGCCUCAACAGCCGGAAGCUGUGAAUCCAUUUAGGCCACCAGUUCAAUCGACGGGAGGGAAUCCGUUCAGACAGGGGAUUUAA